AACGGGAACGUGUUUGUGUCUUGUGAUACAUCUUCAGACUGACAAGCGCGUGAUGAACUUCACAGUUUAUUUUAAUAACAGUAACUUAUUAGAGCUUUUCAUACACCGCGCGAGCCUGUUAAAUCUGUAGAUCGCUCCUUCGUAAGCGGCAAAUGAUAAGAUGGAAAAUUUAGAAUUGAGUCUGUCAUCACUGGGCAUCAUAUCCAGACAUGUUGACAGAAGUCACAACGAAAUAAGCCGUUAUCUUUCAAAACAGAUAUGGAGCCAGCAGGACAGGCAGUGUCUUCUGGACAGUUUGGCUCAGCUGCUGUUGGAGAAGGAUUAUACUUUGUUGAUUGCACGACACCUGCGACCCCUGAUUCUGGACCUUUUGGAAAGGAACGCAGAGAGGGUCAAAGAUGGUGGCAGAAUCAACCAUGACCUCCAUGAGCGCCUGUGUGUGGCACUAAGCAAACUCCUCAGGAUCAGUCCUGAUGCACUGGCGUUUGCUGCAAAGUACUUCAACAAUGCCCCUCCAGUGUUUCAGCGGCUCUUUUUCACAAGUGAAGAGUCAUCAUCUGUUCACUAUGGCCCCAGGAGGAUGAAGCUGCGUGACCUCAUGGGUGCCACCCUAAAAUUCCUCCAGAGUGAUGGUGCCAAGUUUCGAAUGCUCUGGGACUGGAGUCCCUGUGUGUCCCAGCUGCUCACCAGCGAUGUCAUGGUUCGGGGGUACACUGCCCAUUGUUUAGCACUGGUCUCCCACAUGACUGAUAAUCAGAAAACUAUCUUUCUGAGAAAGGUGCUGACAAGUGAUGAGAUCCUGCACAUGAAAAUUAAAGCUUUGGAAGAAACUCAGCAGCUGGAGGUGGAGAAGGCCCUGGUAUUAGCCAAUCAGGGCUCUGUGAUGUGGCGCCAGGAACAAGUUAAUAAGUUUACCAGGGGGCAGGUUGUAUCAGAAGACCUGUCCCAGAAUGUUGUAGCAGUCUGUGGUGUUGUACUACCCAGGAGAGUUCCUAGACACACUGAACAGAUGAACCAAAAGGAUCUGGUGUUAGUGGACUCCACCUGCCGUAAUCUGAGAAGACUGGCAUUGGCUGUAGCGUCCCAGAAGCCUGUACUCCUUGAGGGUCCUAUUGGAUGCGGUAAAACUGCUUUGGUAGAGUUUAUGGCUGCUGUCACGGGACAUACAAAGGCUACAGAGAUUCUCAAGGUGCAGCUUGGUGAUCAAACUGACAGCAAGAUGCUGCUGGGGAUGUACCAUUGCAGUGAUAUUCCUGGAAAGUUUAUGUGGCAGCCAGGAACGCUGACACAAGCUGUGUCUGAAGGCCAGUGGAUCCUCUUGGAAGACAUUGACCAUGCACCUCUAGAUGUGAUAUCUGUGCUUCUGCCUUUGAUGGAGAACAAGAAGCUGCUGAUUCCAGGACGGGAGGACUGCAUUGACGUUGCUCCUGGAUUUCAGUUCUUUGCAACUAGAAGGACAUAUUACAGUGGUGGCAGUUGGCACAAACCACAGAACUCUCAUGCAGUGCUGCUGGACAAGUACUGGACCACGCUGCAGAUGAGCAACAUGACACGAGAGGAGCUAAAGAAGGUUCUUACCAGUAGGUAUCCUGGGCUGUUGGUGGUGGCAGAGCGCCUCUUGGAUAUCUAUUGCCAGCUGACUGGGGAGAGACACUCUGACCUGGACACAAGCAGCCUCCAAAGUCCUGACAACAUUCAGCAGCACAGAUCUGCAGACAAAAGCACACCGCUGGAGGGGAGAGUCUUGUCACUAAGGGACCUACUGAAAUGGUGUGAACGGAUCAGUGUGAACUUUGAUAGCACCUCCUCUGCCACAGCACAACAUAUCUUCCAAGAGGCUCUUGACUGCUUCACAGCCAUGUUGUCUUGUGCUGAAAGUCGACUGAGAAUGGCUGAGAUCAUUGGAAGCAAGCUCAACAUCUCCAAAGAGAAGGCCCAGCACUUCUGUCAAAUGUAUCAGCCUGGCAUCUCACUGACUGAGCUGGAGGUGUCAGUGGGCAGAGUGACUCUGGCUCGAAAGCAGACUGAAGCGGUGCAGUUGAGUGUGGACAAGCAGACCUUUGCUGCCACACAACCCUCUUCUGUGCUGCUGGAACAGCUGGCAGUGUGUGUGGCCAAGGGAGAGCCUGUUCUUCUGGUGGGAGAAACAGGAACUGGAAAGACUUCCACUGUACAACAUCUGGCCAGAGUCACAGGGCACAGGUUGCGAGUUGUGAACAUGAACCAACAGAGUGACACAGCCGACCUACUUGGAGGGUACAAGCCAGUUGACCACAAGCAAAUCUUGCUCCCUCUGCGGGAGGCCUUUGAGGAACUGUUCUCCCAGACUUACUCAAGGAAGCAGAACCUGACCUUCCUGGGUCACGUUCAGACCUGCUUCAGGGGGAAGCGCUGGCACGAUCUGCUCAAACUCAUGGACCAUGUCUGCAAGUCUGCUCUCACUAAGGAGCUACAGGAGAAAUCAAAUGCUGCCUUACUGCAGGAACAGUGGAAGUCGCUGGCUGCAAAACUGAAUCAGACCCAGCAGCAGAUUCGAGCCUGUGAGAUGACCAUGGUCUUUGCUUUUGUGGAGGGCACAUUAGCUCAGGCAGUGAAGAGUGGCCACUGGAUCCUGCUGGAUGAGAUCAACCUGGCAGCAGCAGAGACCUUGGAGUGUCUAAGUGGACUCUUGGAGGGCAGCACUGGAUCUCUGGUGCUAUUGGACCGUGGUGAUACCGAGUCCCUAGUUCGCCACCCAGACUUCCGUCUUUUUGCCUGCAUGAACCCAGCUACUGAUGUGGGGAAGAGGAACUUGCCUCUUGGCCUCAGGAACAGGUUUACUGAGCUUUAUGUGGAGGAGCUGGAGAAUGAGGGAGACCUGCGGAUUCUGGUUUCAGACUACCUCAAGUGCUUAAAUCCACACAGGAGUGUCAUCAGUGGCAUCAUAAGCUUUUACCUGGCAGUACGAAAGGAGGCCUGCUCACAUUUGUUGGAUGGGAGAGGGCACAGACCCCACUACAGCCUGCGGACUCUGUGCAGGGCACUGAAGUAUGUGGCUGAAAACCCGUGCCACAGUGUGCAGCGCUCACUCUACGAGGGUUUCUGCCUGAGUUUCUUGACUCAGCUGGAGAGAAGCUCCUACCCUGUGGUCCAGAAACUGGUGUGUCAGCACAUCUUGAUGGGAAAUACCAAGUGUCUCAAACAACCCAUUCCGGCACCCACAGACCGGAUCUGCGUGGAGGUCGAGGGCUAUUGGGUGAGCCAGGGGGAGAUGGAGCCAGCUUUGGAUCCCAGCUACAUUCUCACCCCCUCAGUCAAGCUCAACCUCUGCGACCUUGCCAGAGUGGUAUCUGCAGGGAGUCACCCAGUGCUGAUCCAGGGAGAGACAUCUGUGGGAAAGACCAGCCUGAUUUGCUGGCUGGCUGCAGCUCAAAAGAGGAUCAACAACCAUGAGCACACUGACAUCCAGGAGUACAUAGGCUGCUAUUCAUCAGAUGACAGGGGCAAGCUGGUGUUCAAAGAGGGUGUUUUGAUUGACGCCAUGAGGAAAGGUUACUGGAUCAUCCUGGAUGAGCUGAACCUUGCCCCCACUGAUGUUCUGGAGGCACUCAACAGGCUGCUGGACGACAACAGGGAGCUCUUUGUGGCUGAGACACAGGAAGUCAUCAAGGCUCACCCCAGAUUCAUGCUGUUUGCAACCCAGAACCCUCCUGGUCUCUAUGGUGGUAGGAAGGUGCUCUCCAAGGCUUUCAGGAACCGUUUUGUGGAGCUACACUUUGAUGAGCUGCCCAGUGAGGAGCUGGAGACCAUCCUCUACCAGAGGUGCAGCCUGCCUCCAUCCUACUGCACCAGGCUGGUCAACGUCAUGCAAGACCUUCAGUCUUUGCGCAGGGGAUCUUCUGUAUUUGCGGGAAAACAUGGCUUCAUCACCCUCAGAGAUCUGUUCCGCUGGGCAGACCGGUACAGGCUGGAGGAGCAGACAGAGGCCUCUCAGGACUGGCUGCAGCAUUUGGCUAAUGAUGGAUAUAUGCUGCUGGCAGGACGUGUCAGGAAGCCAGAGGAAGAGGCCAUCAUCCUGUCCAUCCUGGAGAAGCACUUCAAGAGGACAGUUAACCCUGAAAACCUGUUCUGUCAGAAACAGGUGACCAGCCAGUUCAGGCCCUUCAUCGACAGCAUCGCUGACGUUCCAGAGGAGUUCCGCCACAUUGUGUGGACAUAUGGCAUGAGGAGACUAGCUGUGCUGGUAGGACGGGCGCUUCGAUUCGGAGAGUCUGUCCUGCUCAUAGGAGACACUGGAUGUGGAAAGACUACAAUCUGCCAGCUGUUUGCUGCUUUGGCUGGGCAGACAUUUUUCUCAGUCAACUGUCACCUCCACAUGGAGGCUUCUGACUUCUUGGGAGGCCUACGACCCGUCAGACACACACAUCAGCCUGAUGGUGAGGAUGGCAGGUUGUUUCAGUGGCAUGAUGGUCCCUUGGUGAUGGCCAUGAAGGAGGGUGGAGUGUUCCUCAUGGAUGAGAUCUCCCUGGCAGAUGACUCGGUGCUGGAGAGACUCAACAGUGUUCUAGAGGCAGAGAAGUUCCUGGUCUUGGUGGAGAAGGGCAGCGGGGACAAUAAUGACAUUGAGCUGAUCAGAGCAGCUGCAGGUUUUCGCCUGGUUGCCACCAUGAACCCUGGAGGAGACUUUGGCAAGAAAGAGCUCUCUCCUGCCCUCAGGAACCGUUUCACAGAGGUCUGGUGUCCUCACAGCAACAGCCGCAGUGACCUGGUGCAGAUCAUCCAACACAACCUGCGCUCUGGCCUCUCACUUGAUGGGUGCGAUAUUGCAGAGCUGAUGCUUGACUUCAUUGAGUGGCUGACCCAGCAGGACUUCGGCCGGCGCUGCAUCCUGAGCAUCAGAGACAUCUUGUCGUGGGUUAACUUCCUCAAUGCUGUGUGUGAGCGGGAUGAGGAUGGCUUCAUGACCAUGGGAGCCCUAGAAGAUGAAGAAGAAGCCGAGUGGGACCUCAGAUUGGACACUGUUACUGCUUUCAUCCAUGCUGCAUGUCUGGUCUACAUAGAUAGCAUUGGCUCUGGAACCACCGUGUGCUGUACAGACAACACACUUUUGGUUCGCAGGUUGUGCCUGAGCUUCCUGCAGCAGCGGCUCAGUAAGAUGACCAAGCUGGAUCAAGAGAUGCUGGACUCCCUGAGAGUCUAUGAUAGCAGCCUGCCAAGGGAACCCAAUUGGGGUGAAGAUUUCUUUGGCAUUGACCCCUUCUACAUUGCUUUAGGGUCCCAGACCGAGAGCCGCAACCUCUCAGACUACGCCAUUGCAGCGGGCACUACCGCAAUGAAUGCCCAGAGGCUUCUGCGGGCACUGAAGCUGCAGAGGCCUGUGCUGCUUGAGGGCUCUCCUGGUGUGGGGAAGACUAGCCUGGUAGCAGCACUGGCAAAGGCAUCUGGGAACCAGCUGGUUCGAAUCAACCUGUCAGAGCAAACGGAUGUGACUGACUUGUUUGGGACAGAUCUCCCAGUGGAGGGAGGAAAAGGAGGAGAGUUUGCAUGGCGUGAUGGCCCCCUUUUAGCUGCCUUGAAGGCAGGCCACUGGGUUGUGCUGGAUGAGCUGAACCUGGCCUCUCAGUCGGUGUUGGAGGGUCUGAAUGCCUGCUUUGAUCACCGAGCAGAGAUCUAUAUUCCUGAGCUGGGAAUGAGCUUCCACGUUCAGUAUGAGAAGACCAAGAUCUUUGGCUGCCAGAACCCCUUUACUCAAGGUGGUGGGCGCAAGGGACUGCCCAAAUCCUUCCUCAAUAGAUUCACACAAGUUUUUGUCGACCAGCUCACCAUCAAAGACAUGGAGUUCAUAGCAGACUCCAUUUUCCCCACCAUUGAUAAAAAAAUCAUUGCUAAAAUGGUGGAGUUCAGCAACAGGCUUGUCCAGGAGGUGUGUGUGGAGCGGCGGUGGGGUCAGAAGGGAAGCCCCUGGGAGUUCAACCUGCGCGACAUGUUCCGCUGGUGUCAGCUAAUGCUGGCCGACCAGUCACCGGGAUUUUUCAGUCCGGGCCAGCAUGUGGCUUUGGUGUAUGCUGACAGGAUGAGAACACAAGCUGACAAGGCUCAGGUGCUCUCAGUUUUCAGGAAGGUGUUUGGGGAGGACUUUGAGCCUUAUACUGGCUCCAGACAGUUCCACAUCACUCCACUAAACCUGCAGGUAGGCUUCUCUGUCCUGCAGCGCAGUGGAGGAGCCCCUGUGGCCCUAGACCCCCCAUUGUCCAUCACACACCAGGCCCUGCGACCCUUGGAGUCCCUCAUGAAGUGUGUGGAAAUGGGCUGGAUGACAAUACUAGUUGGCCCCACAGCCAGUGGAAAGACCAGCCUGGUGAGGCUGCUGGCUCUGCUGACAGGACAUCGCCUCAGAGUCAUGGCCAUGAACAGUGCCAUGGACACCACGGAGCUGUUGGGAGGCUUCGAACAGGUGGAUAUCAUGCGAUCCUGGCAACAAGUGCUAGAAAGCAUGGAUUAUAUAGUUGCCAUGGUAAUAAGACGGGGCCUGAUGUCCUUGGAUGUCGGCAUCCAGGACACAGAGUUCCUGCUGCAGACGUGGGGCCUGUUCUGCCACUGGCUGAAGGAGGAAGGGCCGCAAACAACCGGAGGAAUGGUCAACUCGGAGGCACUGAACAAGUUGGAGGUCAUCAUCCUCCUCCUGCAGAAACUCAACACCAAGCUUAAAGUGUUCACUGACAUGUCCAAGCUGCAGAUGGACUUUAUGCUGCUGAAGGAACGUCUGGCCCAGCUGGAAGAUGGCUGGACAAACGGAGGCUUUGAGUGGUUGGACAGUAUGCUGGUCCAGGCCCUGCAGGCUGGUGAUUGGCUGCUCAUGGACAAUGUCAAUUUCUGCAGUGCAUCUGUCCUGGAUCGCCUCAAUGCUCUUCUGGAACCUGGUGGAACCCUCACCAUCAAUGAACGUGGUGUCAUAGAUGGGAAGACCCCCCAAAUCACCCCACAUCCUAACUUCAGGUUGUUCCUUACUAUGAACCCUGUGCAUGGGGAGCUCUCUAGAGCCAUGAGGAACAGAGGGGUAGAGGUUUACAUCCCAGGGGAACAUGAGGGGAUCUGCUGGGACACACAGGACCUGAAGACCCUGCUUCACACUGCUGGUGUGACUGGGGACUGUCUGUGUGAUCUGCUGAUUGAAAUACAUAAAAGCAUUAAAUGUGCCAUCUGGGAUUCCCCUACCUCAUCAAUGGCCUCUCUCCUCCAUGCUGCCACUCUGCUGUCCUGCCAGCUGCAGAGAGGUGUGGAUUUACCCAGUGCCCUGCAGCAUGUCUGUGGAGAGGUAUACUCCCUCUGCCAGCGCAACACUGCCAGCCAGAAGCAAGCGCAGCAUUUGAUUGAGCAGCACUUGGCCAUCCUGGACACAGAAGACUGGGGCAGCGGGCUGCUAUGUGCUGGGGUUUGGCCUGACGGCUUCCCCUCCGCUCUGCUUUCCUCAGAGGAUUCCUGCUUCUCUACUGUUCUCCAAGAUGGACAGGUCCUGUCAUUUUGCCUGAAUACCCUCAGUCUGCAGAGUAAACGGAAUCGUCCACUGAGUCUGAGUGACCUGCAGAGAGCGUUGCAGGGCUGUGGUGUUCAUGAAGGCCAGGUGUUCUCUGGAGGAGUGGUGGAUCUGGAGGAAGGAGAUGUUCUGAGGCUGAUCCCCACAGCAGUGAGACUGCUCACAGAGAGAGCCUCUCAUGGAGACUGGGUCCUCCGCAGCAGCUGGCUCUCACACCUGGGAAAGAGCUACAAAUAUGCCCCUGAUUCAGCGCUGGUCCAGGUGGAGGCAGGAAACAGGGCUCUGAAGGCCAUUUUUGGUAGCAAACUUGCUGCUAAGGGCAAGUCACUAGCAGAAUUGCUCCAGCCUCACAGCAUAGAUGAAUACAGAAUCCUGGUGGACAUGCGCUGGAACAAACAAUAUCUGGAUAUUUUGGCCAAUAAAUGUAACUUUGAGGACGAGGAAAGAUACAUGGAGUUUCUGGAGGCCCUGAAUGCAGUCGCCAACAGGAUUGUCCUAAUGAUGGAGAGAGAGGAGAGGUCUGUCAUCUGCACCUGUGCUAGCAACCUGUCUGCUCAGAACUGCGCUCUGAGAAUAGCCACAGCCUUCAGCAAAGGGACUGUGGAUGUUGGUCACCUACCCCAUCCAGUGCUGAUGCACCUGCAGACCUUCUUUGACCUGUGGGACUCCUUCGCCAUGCAGGCUGUGCAGAAUGGACAGCCCUACAUCUCAGACCACAUUAUGUUUGAGAUCCUUCAACUACUGCAGUGGCUGAAUCGUUUCUGGGAUGUCUGUAACAUGCUGCCAGCUGACUCUCAGGGCAUCUCUGUGCUGUCUCUGCACUGGCAGUGGGUCCAGAAACACCUCAUCCUUCGGCUACCACAGCUGCUGCUGGGAAACGCUUAUGCCACAUUUGAAGGCCACCAGGAGCUGCAGGCAGUCUCUGCAGCUGUCCAGACUGUUCUAUCCCCUCCUGUGUCUAUGGCCACAGCACUGAAAGGCAUCCAGAAAACUCUGGGGAAAGCACUUCCAUUUAAGCUGGAGUCAGUGGCUGAGUGUGCGUCCAGACUGCGGCUGCUUAGUAAAGCCUUGGAUGUGAGUGAAUUGAGGCUGGACAGCACCACGGGUUCUUGGAGGCAGGAGCUGGUCCGACUUCAGGGCGCUGGGCUCAGGCUAGAUAUCAAAGAGAGUCUGCUAGAAGCCUGGGGCCUUGUUCUGCUGGCAAACAACCAGCUGGAUCCACAGAAGUCUGGAGUGUUGGAGAGGCUGGUUCUGAGUGUGGAGCAGCAACAGCGUCAGAUGACCUCCACAGGUUUGUUGGAGGUCUGCUCCCUGUCUGAGGGUGAGGAGCCAGCAGACGGAGUCCACCUGGCCCAUGAGGAGCUGCAGCAGCUCAGAAGCAGGGCCCAGCUCUGGCCCCUGAUGGAACAACUGGCUGUACUCAACCAGCUUAGACUCACCACUGACCUGCUGCAGCUGGCUCUGUCUCCUGGUGAUCAAGAGGCAGAGGACAGCUUACGUCGGGAGCUCUCCAGGCAUCUUCGUUACUGCCUCCAGUCCACACCAAUGAACGUCAGUCAGCUCCAGCCACUGUCCUUUCUGCUCAGCAGUGACAGGCCAGCAGAGGAGCUGCAGUUUGUGUGGUGUGAGCUGUUGUCAGAGGCUCUGGCAGCCUUGUGGAAUAGCAGUGUGACCUCAGACCCAGACCGCUGGCUCAAAUGGGACCCACUGAAUCCUGAGACCCAGCAAGGUCCAAAGCUGCCCCAUGGAGCAGAUCAUAUGGGUCCAGCCUUGUUGACUAAAGCAGUGUGGUCACGUUGCAUGUUUGGAGUACUCAGCAGUGGUGUGACCGGAGAUCUCCAGGAGCCAUCAGGAACCACCCUUCUCUCCCUCUCCCAUGUCAUCCUGGGCGAGUGGAAGGAGAGAAUGCAACAGCUGCAGGAUUUGUCUGCAGUGCUUUGGGAUAAUAUGGCCAUCCCUGCACUGGCUGAAUUCAGGGGCACAGACUUCAGACUGCAGGGCGUUGUUCUGCGUCGGCAGCUUCAGAGCAUGGCUGACCUACUGCCUCCUAGCCUGCAGGAGGGCUACAUGGAGAGUUGUGAGAGCCUUGUGGAUGAUCCUGACCCUCUGAUAGCUGCCCAGGAGAUCCAGACAGUCUUGAGAGACUUCCUUCCUCCCAACCUGCUGCCUGACAGCCUGGUGGAGUCCUGUAUCACCUGCCUGCAGCAGUACGUGCAAAGCAAGGUUCAAGGCUCCAUCUCGCUGGCCCGUUCUGGAGUGUUCUGGGUCAACAUAGGCUUGCUGCAGAUCAAAGUGUGGGCACCGCAGACCAUCUUUGACCCAGCUGUGAAGAGGGCCUACAAACUCAACUAUGCUCAGCAAGAGCUGGCCCUGCUACAGGAGGAGUGGAGAGGUCGCAGCCUGUCAUCUCAGCUGAUGACCGGAGCCGAGCUGGAGGAGAGUAGCACCACUGAUGGCUUCCAGCAUCCUCGAAUCAGGUACCUGUGGAUCCGUAUGCAGCAGAUGAAGGAGCAGAUAGCUGAGCUAUCCAGGAAACAGGCCUGUCGUCCCCAUGAGCCUCAGUAUGGUCGUCUCUUUCAGGAGCUCCAGCAGUACCUCUGCAGCAUUGGCCAAGCGUCUGCAGUGCAAGACCUGCUGUCCCACCUGCUGAAAGCCCUGCAGGGCUCCUCCUCCAAGUCCAGGUCAGCAGUUCAGGGUCUGCUGAAGGAGGAGGCAGUGUGGCAGAACUCCCAACAGCGCUUCUGUCAGAGGCUGCUGGAGGACUAUCCCCUGUAUCCUGAUGUGGUUGGGCCAGUGCGAACUGGCAUACUCCAGCUCAGGCACGGCAUGAGGCUGGUGGCCUCCCAGGUGGCCGCGUUGCUCACACCUGUACCAGGUCUGUCUAAGCUGUUGUCCUGCCUGCUGGCCUUCCCCUCCUUGUCCCCUAGCCUACCGACGUAUCUGGCCCAGGCAGACUUCCUCUGCUCCAGGACUUGUAUGGACAUUCUCCGCUGCCUGGUCAAGCUUCUGCCCCCAAAGGACCCUGAGAAUGUGGUCCCCCAGUCCUCUACCCUGCUUCUCAGUGCUCUGUUGCAUCUGCAGUGCCACACCUUGUCAACAGGAGAGUUCAGCUACGAGGCACGCACCCUCGUCAGACACAUCUGUCAGGCUCUGGUGAAUGAGUGGGAUGAGCAGGAGAGGCAGAGGAGAGAGCAAGAGCAGCAGGAGGCCAGUCUGUACCGCAGUCGACUGCAUGGCUCAGGGCUGACUGAGGAUGAGCAGGAGGAGAAGGAUUUCAGAUGCCUUUUCCCUGAGUUCAACCAGGACUUUGCAGACAUUGUGUCCCAGCCAAGCCUGGAGAGUCCAGCAGAUUCCAACAGAGCCCAGGAAGAGUCCGUGGCAGCGCCUUCCCAUCAGCACCUGUGCCUGGGAUAUGCCCAAUCACUGUGGUACCAGGGCAUUGUGCCAGCCAAUUGCACCAAAGAAACUAUCGACGCCUUGGUCUCCUCCUAUCAGAUUGCUGCCCCUGUGAUGUCACACUUCUAUCAUCUGAUUGAUGCUGAACUGGACCAGCAGCUGACAGGCAGUGAACUGCUGCUCUCUACCCUCAUCCAGAACACAGUGCAGGGUUCAAGAGGUCCUGAUGGUCUGGCUGUCACACCAGAAGGCUCUUAUGACUUCUAUCAGCAGCCCAACAUGAGCGAGGCCCGCCUCUGUCUCCCUGUCCUGGAGCAGCUGAGUGUGGCAGUGAAGCAAAGACUAGACGACUGGCCGGAACACCCUAUACUCAUACAGCUGACUGUGGUGAUGGAGAGGAUACAGGCUUUCAGUCUGGCUAGUCCACUCGCCAAAUUCCUCAAUGGUCUGGAGAUCCUGCUCAGUAAAGCACAGGAUUGGGAGAAUAAUGCCAGUCGUUCAGUCUCGCUGAAGAAGGAACUGGAGCCAGUCACCCAACUCAUUAUCCAGUGGCGCAAACUGGAGCUCAAUUGUUGGUCGAGCAGUCUGGACAACGCAAUGAAGCGGCACACUAAGAAAUCAACCAAACACUGGUUCUCUAUCUACCAGCUGGUAGAGAGGUAUCUAGACGAACAGAGGAUGGAGGCCAAUACAGGUGAGGAGGUGGCGCGCCUCUCCCUGUCCUCAGUGUCCUCCACCCUCAAGGCCUUCAUAGAGGGCUCCACCCUGGGUGAGUUCCACACCCGCCUGGCCAUGUUGCUCAGCUUCCAUUGCCACCUCCUCCUGGUCCCCAGCCAGCCUGGACAAGAGUCUUUGUCCAGUCUCCUGUGGAAUCUGCACAAAUAUUACAGUCAGUUCUCUGAUUGCAUCCAGACCAAGCUCAGUCAACUCAGACAGCCGAUCGAGAAGGAGCUUAAAGACUUUGUCAAGAUCUGCAGGUGGAAUGAUGUCAGUUUCUGGUCCAUCAAGCAGUCGGUGGAGAAGACACAUCGGACUCUCUUCAAAUUUGUCAGGAAGUUUGAGGAGACUCUGAAUGGUCCAAGUAUUCUUGUCCUGGUGGAACAGGGAAGCAGCGCCAGUUUGGACAGUGUGAACACCAUCCCAGAAGAAACACCCAUCCAUCGAGUUCACCAGGCACUAAAAAGUGCCAUGCCUGGGAAGGGCAGAGAUCUGCAGAAUGAGGACUCUGAGGAAGGAGAUGAAGCUUCAUCUCUGCAGGGACGUCUGCCUGUUCUGGCCAGGAAGAUGAAGAAAAUGUGUAUCCAGCUCUUGAAGAAACACCCAGUGCCUGAGCUGGCUGAAGACUUGGACUACUUCACUGGCGAGGUCAUCAGCAACCUGCGGAACCUGCAGAGCCUCACCAUUGACAUGUCAGCAGAGAAACAGAAACAAAAAGCUGAGGUCAAGCACAUCCUGCAACAGAAGCAGAGAGCUCUGUCUGACCUGUUCAAGAUGCUCACAGAGAUAGGUCUGUCAUACCGCAAAGGCCUGAUGUGGAACAGGACACAUGACCCGGAGAAAACCCUGUGUAUGCAGCCACUGGAGAUGACCACCGUGCUUUCUGCUGUUGGCAGCAAGGAGCAGACUGAGAGCAUGUUGUUCACAGAGCUGUUGACAGUAUGGGAUGGAUGUCAGAAGUACUUCUACCACUCAUGGGCCAGGACAACAGCCCUGCAGAAUGCUCUCCAGCACCCUGCUAAGGAGCUGGGUCUGGGGAACAUCGAGCGCUGCAGAGGCUUCUCCGCUCACUUGUUCAAGCUGCUCCUCAGACAGAGGCAACGGCUGGCCAAUCUCACCGAGCAGUGGGUCCGUCUCAGGAGACUAACAAACGGCAUACAGGACAUCAAGGCUUACCUCCAGAGCCACAGUAAGGAUGCAGGCUGUGUUGUCCCACCCCAGGACUCUCUUCAGGACUGGGUCAGCAAAGGCCAGGCACUAGCUGCCCAGUGCACCAUCCUCCUGCAGCAGCUGCUUUGGCUGCUGCAAUGCUGCCCUGAGGACCUUCAGCAGAAAGAGGAGACCAGCAGCUGCAGGCAGCACACCCUGAGGUGCCUGUCCCCACUGGCAGCACAGCGCCAACCCCCUGGCUGUGUGAUGAAGAGGGGAGAUGCCGCCUGGUGCCAGCUACACCAGCGUGUGACUGCAAUGUUGAAGCAAGCCAAGAGCCUGAAGGUGGAGAUGAACACUGUGGCCCAGCAUAUGUCUGAGGGAGUGCUGCACACAUGGAACCACUUUGGAAUGUGUUGUUCAGGCUUCAACCAGCUGGGGGCUGUAGCCACUCAGAUGCUCAGUGUGGAGGAGCUUUUCAGUCUGGCCAUGUGUGCUGGGAGCACAGACAGCCAGCUGGCCAUCAGCCAGAGCCUGCAGUAUGUUAGAGGCCAGGUAGAGGCUAGCAUCGUUGAGUUCACGACCUGGAAGACCCAGCUGCUCUCCCUGGAACUCCAGCACACAGAUCACCAGUCUGCCUUCUGUACUGAGUUCUCUGCUGAGCUGGAGGCAAAUAUCAACAUGGUGCUGUGUGCUGUCCAGACACUUGUGAAAAGAAAGGAGAGCGAGCAACAAAAAGAGCACAAUAGAGAUGUCAAAAGAGAGGGUGCUGAGGAGGGGAAGGAGGAUGAAGAGUCUGUGGAGGACCUGCUGAAACCUGGUCACCUGACUCGUCUCUUGGAGGAGGAGCUGGAAGCAGAGGUGGAGGCUCUGUGUGUGGGAAGUGUUGGCACCAGGCUGGAGAGGCUGCUGAAAUGCCCAAGGACACACAGAGAUGCCUGUCAGCCAUCACAGCUCCAGGAGGUGAACAGAAUGUGCAGGAUGCUGGUGCGCAUAGAGCCUCUGCUGGGGAUUUACUCAGACCUGGUGCGUUACUACCUGGCUGUGUCACUGGGAGCACACAGGAGCACAGGCAAACUGCUGUAUGUACUGGCCAGCAUCUUUACUGAGCUCGCCAGGAAGAGUUUCUGUCUGCCUCAGGAGCUGAUGACUGGUGGAGAUGGAGAAGGCGCCACAGAGUUUCACAGCUACGAGGGUGGUGGUAUAGGAGAGGGCGAGGGCACCAAAGACAUCAGUGAGAAAAUCGAAAGUGAAGAUCAGGUGGAGGACACCUUCCAGGAGGGUCAGGAAAAGGAAGAACAACAAGGUGAAGGGAAUAUCAAGGCAGAAGACAAUGCCAUUGAAAUGUCAGAGGACUUUGAUGGCCAGAUGCAUGAUGGGGAUAAGAAUGAACCAGGUGAAGACAAUGAAUCGGAAGAUAAUGAAGAGGAACUGGACAAAAAGAUGGGCAACCUGGGCGAAGGCCAGACAGACACUCUGGAUGAGAGAAUGUGGGGAGAUGAUGAGGAUGAGGAUGAGGAAGGAAGUGACAAAGAAGAGGAAUCUGGACAGGGCAUGGACCAGGGUGAAUCUGAGCUGGUUGCCAAAGAUGACAACCUAGAUGCUGCAGAGCCCAACAAAGACAAGAAAAACCAAGACAAAGAACAGCAUAUCGAUGAUGAGGGGAAAGAGAUCCAUGAGCAAGGGGAUGAGAGGGAGUUUGAUGAGAGUGAAGUGGAUCCCUACCACGGUCAGCAGGACAAGAGACCCGAGUCUGAGGCCAUGGAUCUACCCGAGGAUUUCAACCUGGACCAAGAUGACGAAGAUGAAGACGAUGGAGAGGACGAGGGUAAUGAGGGGAAUCCUUUUGACAUCAGUGAAAAAGCCAUGGACCUGGAGGAAGAGGAUGCAGACAAGGAUGGAGAGGAGGAGCAGGAAGUAGAAGAGAUGCAGGAGGGCCAGGCUGAACAGCCAGGAGAGGAGAAGUAUCAGGAGCCCAAGGCUGAAGAGGAGGAUGAUGUAGAAGAAGAGAAGGCAAAGGGAGAUGGGGAAUCUGCUAAGAAAGAUGAAGAUGAAGAGGAGGAGAGAGGACAGGAGGCAGGGAGAGAUGAAGAGCUCUCUGUUCCAAGUGACAAAGGACACAAACCGAAGGAGGAAGAUGAGGACGGUGGGGGCGAGGAAGAGGAGCAGCCAGAGUCAGCUGAGAGGAAGGAAUGCAACACAGAUGGUCAGACUGGAGAGGAGAACAUCCAGAGUGACACAGCAGUGGAGCUGGCAGGAGAGGCAUCAGAGAGAGACCAGGUCAAAGAGGAGCACGGGAGUGGGGCAGCUGAUGCCAGCCAAUCAGAGGGCCACCAGUCAAAGCUGACAGCAAGAAUGGCUUCAAAAGCACAGACUCAGAGCAAGACUCAGAGCUUCAAGAGAAAACCUGGUCAGGCAGACAACGAGCGAUCGACUGGUGACUACAAUGAACGCGUAAACAAGCGGCUGCGCACCGUCGAGAGCAGCAAGGACAGAAGCGAGGACCACAGGCAGAGUGACGCUCAGCAGGAGUCAGACCUGUACGAGCACAUCAGCCAGGGAGAGACAGCCUACGACACACAGACCUACGAUGUAGCUAGUGCAGAGCAGCAGAAAGCAGUGGGGGCUCAGCCAGAGCAGGAAGAAGAUCAGACCGAUGAGGGUGUCGCUAUGGAUACAGAUGACAAAGAGGAAGAUCUUCAAGUCAGUGAGGUUCAGGACCUGAAGCCACAGCAGCUGGACUCAAUGAAGGCCUCCCAGAAAGGUGUAGACAGUGGAGAAAUGGAGGUGCAGAGGCAGGAAGAGGACAAGGAGAGAUGGAAGGAUCCACGACAUCCCAGAGAAGAGGAGCGAGCAGAGAGAAACACAGAAUCCUCAGUUCAUGCUGUUCCUGAGCUGCUGUCGGACACCGUGCAGAAGGCUGAACAAGACCCAGAGGAGCUCAGGAGGGAGAUGGAGCUGCAGCUGGAAGCCUGGCACAGACUGGCUCCAGGAACUCAGGAGGAGGAGAAUGCAGCAGCUUCCAUGUGGCAUCAGUAUCAGAUUCUGACCUUGGCGCUCUCCCAGCAGCUGUGUGAGCAGCUCCGCCUGAUCCUGGAGCCCACACAGGCCGCCAAACUCAAAGGUGAUUACCGCACAGGGAAGCGUCUGAACAUGAGGAAGGUGAUCCCCUACAUUGCCAGUCAGUUCCGGAAAGACAAGAUCUGGCUGAGGAGGACCAAGCCCAGCAAGAGAGAGUACCACAUCUGUCUGGCUGUGGACGACUCCUCCAGCAUGGUGGACAACCACUCCAAACAGCUGGCGUUUGAAUCCCUGUCUGUGAUCAUCAACGCUCUCACUCUGCUGGAGGUAGGACAGGUGUCUGUGUGCAGUUUUGGCGAGCAGGUGCAGCUGCUCCACCCCUUCCAGCAGCAGUUCAACGACGAGUCAGGGGCUCGGAUCCUCAGACUCUGUCAGUUCCAGCAGAAGAAGACCAGAAUAGCACAGUUCUUGGAGACCUCAACUAAAAUGUUUCUAGCAGCACGACAGCAGGUUCCAGGAUCAAUAAACUCAGACACGGCCCAGCUGCUGCUCAUUGUGUCUGACGGCAGGGGGCUUUUCCUGGAAGGAAAGGAGCGGGUGACAGCAGCUGUGCAUGCAGCAAGCAGCGCAAAUGUGUUUGUCAUCUUUGUGGUACUUGACAACCCCAACUCACGGGACUCCAUCUUGGACAUCAAGGUGCCCAUCUUCAAAGGGCCAGGAGAGCUGCCAGAGAUCCGCUCCUACAUGGAAGAGUUCCCCUUUCCCUUCUACAUCAUCCUGCGAGAUGUCAACGCCUUGCCAGAGACCCUGAGUGACGCAAUCAGACAGUGGUUCGAACUAGUCACGACAGCUGACCAUUAGACCAGUGAGAAGCCAUCUGUCCCAGGAAGGGAGGAGUGAUCAGCAACCACCUGCAUAAUGCUGCUAGCUUCUCAGUCUGAACUGACGAAGACGAACUUCCCGCUGUACAUGUGCCUUUAUUUUCCUUUUUUACUGUAGAGCUGUAGUUUAAUAGCAACCUUUACCGUUUCAUCUUUAUCAGGGGAAAUCUUUCUUUUGUAAUGUACCAAGCAUCGCUUUAAAAGUCUGAGAUGAAAUGAUAGAAACAAAAAUGUGAUUUCCUUGCGUGUGAAACCUCCUCAGUGAAAAAUCAGUAAAUACCUCUGUCCACUUUGUACAAUACCCCCAUGUUUGUACAGAAGUUUUACUCAGUGUUACAAAGAGCAUCAAAUGAUUCAUCUUUGGUGUGAGCACAACAUAUGUACAGAGCCAUAGGAUUGUUUCUGUGUAAAAGAAAGUCCUAGCCUAACAGUAGCAUGUUGGUGUGGCCAUGACUCAAAUGUGCCUUGGAGAGGAAAACGACUGCAUCUCACUUGAACCCACCGUUGCAGGGUGACCGAUCAGUGGUAGGGUCACAGCUCUGUCUGGAUUUCUACACAUUCAAAUGUCAUACACAGUUUGAUAAUUGCCCCAGUAUAGCCCGCUCUUGUGUUUAAAAACAAUUUAUCAGCUGUGUUGCUCUUCCAUCCAUGCAGCAACUUCUGCUAGAGGAGAGCUCAGAGUUGCUCGCUGUGGCUAUAAGGAGUAGGUGUUGAUGAAAUGCGCAGUGAAAUGUUUAUCACUGCUGUGUUUUGUGCUUCAUUACAUUGAUUUGUUAAACCAUGACACCAGUGAUCUUGACAAUAAACAGUUU